AUGCCUGCCGCACUUUCUCACGCCACUCGCAUCAUCCAUAAGCCCAUCGGGCAGGUUUGGGGUAUCGUCGCCUCCUUCGGUGGGGAGAGCCUUUGGUUUCCAAACGUAACUAAGUCGUCGCUCGAAGGAUUCGGCGUUGGCGCUGUCCGCUCCCUCUGGUUCGGCAAUGGUCCGAAAGGGAAAGAUAACUGGGAUGAGAGCCCCGUACGCGAAAAACUUAUAAGCGCUGACCCGGCCACUCAUUCACUCCGUUGGCAAAUCUUCAACGAAAACAUCGGCAACACUGAAUCAUUUUCAACCCUUGAGCUUCGCUCCAUUGACGAAAACUCGACAGAGAUAGUAUGGUCUGGCGAGACAGAUUUCCCUGACGGAGCCGAACGGGACAACCUGAAGGUGUUUAUCGAGGACAUGUACAACACUGCCAUGGAGGCUAUUGCGAAGAAGUUGGAAACCUGA